ACGAGACGCGCCUCGCGCUCGAGGUCCAGAGCGAGCAGCGCGAGUGGGCCGUCGACGCCGAGGCUGUUCUCGCGCACCUGCGCCAGGCCGAGGACGACGACGCGCGAGCGCCCGAGGCGCCCGAGGGUGGCAGCAGCCAGCUCGUCCUCCCCGGUGCGGCGGCGGCAGCGGCGGCGGCCUCAUCGGGUGCGGCGGCGUCGAACGGCUCGGCCGAGAAGAAAGGUGGCGGCAUGUUUGCGCACGGGUGGUCGAGCAGCCUGCACAAGGGCAAGACGCCCAGCGCGCCGCCUGCGCCGCCCGGCCCGCCUGCGCCCGCAUCGGCGUCGAAGCACCACGGCGGCGGCAUCAUGAACGCGCUGCACGGCGCGCUCACGCGGAGCAAGACGGCGCCGGCCAAGGGCCAGCGAGGGCUCGUCGGGCUGCAGAACCUCGGCAACACGUGCUUCAUGAACUCGGCGAUCCAGUGCAUGAGCAACACCAAGGAGCUGCAGGAGUACUUCCUCUCCGGCGUCUACCACAACGAGCUCAACCGCGACAACCCGCUCGGCAUGCGCGGCCAGGUCGCCGAGGCGUUCGGCCAGUUGAUCGAGCGCCUGUGGCACGGCUCGGGCUCGUCGGUUGCGCCGCGCGAGUUCAAGCAGGCGCUCGCGCGGUUCGCGCCCCAGUUCAGCGGCUACGGCCAGCAGGACUCGCAGGAGCUGCUCGCGUUCCUGCUCGACGGCACGCACGAGGACCUGAACCGGAUCAAGGUCAAGCCCGCGACCGAGGCGCCCGACUGGGAGGGCGGCGGCGACAAGGAGCUCGUCGAGCUCGCCAAGACGUGCUGGGAGCAGUACCGCAGCAGGAACGACUCGGUCAUCGUCGACCUGUUCCAGGGCCAGUACCGCUCGACCGUCGUCUGCCCCGACUGCGACAAGGUCUCGAUCAAGUUUGACCCGUUCAUGUACGUGACGACCAACUUGCCCGUCACCAAGAAGUGGACCGGCCGCGUCUUUGUCAUCCCGCUCGACCCGGCACGCGGCGUCCUGUGCGUCGACGUCGAGGUCCCCAAGUCGGGCACGAUCAAGACGCUCAAGCAGGUCAUCGGCCAGGUCAUCGACGUCGACCCCAAGUGCCUCGUCCUGUCCGAGGAGUGGAAGUGCAAGUUCUACAAGGACUGGACCGACGACGAGAACAUCAUCGACGUCAACACGAACAACGACCGCAUCAUCGUGUACGAGGUCGCCGCGCCGUACGCCCAGCCCCGCAACCGCUUGCACCGCGCCGCGCCGCCCGCCUACGACCCGGCCGCACCCGUCUUCCUCCCGCUCCUCAACGUGAAGGACGGCUCCGCGUCGUCCACGUCCAAGUACGGCAUCCGCUCGUCGGGCGACGACUUUGGCUCGCCGUUCAUCCUGUCGCUCUCGGCCGACGAGGCGACGAGCAGCGCCGCCAUCCACCGCGCCGUCGCGCGCCAGUACAGCCGCGUCACCAAGCGUGGCGACGAGCUUGUGCAGCGCGUCGAGGAGUACCUCGCCGAGCUCGAGGCGGGCGAGUCGGCCGGCGAGCAGGCCGACGACGACGCCGACGCGUCCACGUCGACCUCGCCCGCCGCUCCUGCGCCGGCCGCAGCCGCAGCACCGGCGCACCAGGUCGAGGCGCCCGCAGCUGUCGCCGAGGCGCGCCCGCUCGUCGGCAUGGGCCACGUCCUCGUCGCGCACUGGGACGAGGACGCGUACGAGCGCUUCUUCGGCGGCGACGCGAGCCAGUGGAGCGCGACGCAAGAGGUCGUCCAGCCGGAGCUCGCCGAGCGUCGGGCGCAGGGCCGCGGCGGUGCCAAGAAGGUCAUCACGCUCGCCGACUGCCUCGGCGAGUUCACCAAGGAGGAGCGCCUCGGCGAGGACGACAUGUGGUACUGCGGCGCCUGCAAGGAGCACAAGCAGGCGACCAAGAAGGUCGAGCUGUGGAAGGUCCCCGACGUGCUCGUCUUUGCCCUCAAGCGCUUUUCGUCGAGCCGGUACUCGCGCGACAAGAUCGACGACCUCGUCGACUUCCCGAUCGACGGCCUCGACUUGACCGAGUGGGUCGAGGGCGACAAGGUCGAGCACCGCCUCGCCGACGAGAUGGGCGACGCCGCGCCGUCCGUCACGGCGCCCGACUCGCUCACGUACGACCUGUACGCCGUCUCGAACCACUUUGGCGGCCUCGGCGGCGGGCACUACACGGCGUUCGCCAAGAACCACGAGAACGGCCGCUGGUACGACUUUGACGACUCACGCGUGUCCGAGAUCCAGCCCGACCGCA